AUGGCGACGACUUGGGUUCCCGACGUGUCGCCGGCUAGUCCCUUCUCACUGGCCAAUAUCCCUUUCGGCAUCAUCACCACCCAAGACGAUCCCACGCCUCGUGCUGCCACUGCAAUUGGCUCUCAUGUGCUGGACCUCAAGGCUUUGUCACAGUCCAGAAGUCUCAUUGAUGGCGGCGACCAAGAUCACGUCUUUAGUCAGCCAACUUUGAACGAUUUUGCUGCCCUCGGCAGACCAGUUCACCGCCAGGUUCGGCAACUGCUGCAAGACAUCCUGGCCGUCGACACCAAGUAUGCCGAUGUUUUGAAAGACAAUGAGUCCCUGCGGCAAAAGGCCUUGAUCCCACAAAGCAAGGUCAAGUUGCACUUGCCCAUGCGUGUUGGUGACUAUACAGACUUCUAUGCCGGCUACAACCACGCAUACAAUGUUGGAGUCCUUUUCCGAGGGCCCGCCAACGCCUUGCAGCCCAACUAUACACACCUACCUGUGGGCUAUCAUGGCCGUGCCUCGAGUAUUGUUGUCUCUGGCACACCCGUCCCCAGACCCUGGGGUCAGAUCUUGCUCGACCCAACUGCCGAACCCAAGCAACCAACCACGGCUCCCUGCCGAAGACUGGACUUCGAGCUCGAGCUGGGCUGUUUUAUCAGCAAGUCAAACUCUCUCGGAGACCCCAUCAAGGUCGACAAUGCCGAGGAGCACAUUUUCGGUUAUGUCCUUCUCAACGACUGGAGUGCCCGAGACAUUCAAGCAUGGGAAUAUGUGCCACUGGGACCCUUCAACUCAAAAAACUUUGCUUCAACCAUUAGCCCGUGGGUUGUUUUGGCCGAUGCUCUCGAGCCAUUCAGAACGACGGGUAUUGAGAACAAGGCGCCCCGUCAGGACUACCUGAGCGAGAGUCAGACAGAGACAGCGUUUGAUAUCAAGCUGGAGAUUGAUUUGACCACCCCCGAGGGAGACACAACUACGAUCAGCAAGACAAGCUCAAAGAACCUCAUGUGGUCCUUCCCGCAAAUGAUUGCUCACCACACGCUGGGAGGCUGCAAUCUAAACACUGGUGAUCUUUUGGGUUCUGGUACCAUUAGUGGUCUUGAGCCGUCUGAAAGAGGCAGCCUAUUGGAGAUGAAUGAAGGCGGAAAGAAAGACAUCAUGAUUGCCGGCAUGAAUGUUCGCAAGUUUCUGAAAGAUGGCGAUACCAUUACGAUGCGUGGCGUGUGUGGCAACGAUGGCGCAAAGGUUGGGUUUGGCGACUGCAGAGGAACAAUCCUUACUGCUAUCCAAAGGUAA